AUGGAAAACGAUUUUAUUGAAGAACCCGUUUUAAACGAUGAUGAUGACGACGAGCAAUCCCAUAGUCAUUCAACGAAACAAAAACAUGAUAAAUUGAUUGAUUCAAUUGUUCAUUUAGGUGGUAAAAAACGGAAAGUAAUCAUUCGCAAAGAGCCAAUUAGUAUUCCAAAUAAUCUUGUUGCAUCAACACAAACAUCAUCAGCAUCAAAAAAGAUUAAAAGCCAUCAAUUAUUAUCUAGUUUAAAAAAGACUUCAUCAGUACAAAUACAAACAUUAAAAAAACAGCUAGCAAAAGUUAAUAAACAUCAAGCUGUUCUUCAACAACCAUUACAAAAACCACAAGCAGAAAAGGCUGAACGUAUUGCUGCUUAUAAUCAAGAAACAAAAUCGAUUUCUAAAUGGGAUCCUAUUGUUGCAAAAAAUCGAACUGCGGAAACAUUGAAUUUUCCACUGAAAAAUGGUGGUGUUCAAUUUCAAACGACGGACGAAUUUGUUGGAAAAUUUCAAACAUUAAGCUCAUUAGAAAAAGAUAUAGCAGCAAUAUUGCAAUCAAGUAGUAACAACAUUCAACCAAAUUCACUACUUACACAAGCUGAAAAGAAAAUUAUAAGUAAAAUGGAUUUACUUGAAGCCAAACAAAAAUUGAAUGAAUUAAAAAGAAUGCGUGCGCUUAUUUCAUAUCAACAAGCAAAAUUCAAACGUGUAGGAAAAAUAAAGAGUAAAAAAUUUCGUCGUCUCGUUCGGAAAGACCGUCAAAAGCAAGAAGAAAAAGAUUUAAAAAAAUUAUCCGUUGAAAAUCCUGAUAAAUUUCUCGAACGAUUAGAACAUCUUGAACGACAUCGUAUUGAAGAACGUUCAACAUUACGACAUAAAAAUUCAACAAAAUGGGCAAAAGAAAAACGAUUAUUAUCCAAAUUCAAUACAAAAGCACGAGAAGAGAUCGAAGAACAAUUAAAACUUGGUAAACAUUUACGUACAAAGCAAGCUCAAGAUGAGAGCGAUGAUGAUGAUGAUGAUGAAGAUGAAGAUGAAGAUGCACAACCAGCAUCAAAACCUGGAGUAGGAAUACAGAAAAAGAAACCAAUAGAAAUUCCAUUAAUUCUUGCACCAUCACAAAUCGAAGCUGAAUCUAAUCCAUGGUUAACAACAACGGGUAGUGCAGUUUUACCAGCAUCCGAAUAUUCAAAACCAAAUGAAGUUCGAAAUGAAGAUAUGUCAUCAUCGGAUAGCGAUGAAGAACAUGAAAAAGAAAAUGACGAGAACCCAUCACAAAAUGAACCAAUAGAAAACAUUGAAAGUUAUGGCGUAACAACAGCAACUAAACCAGUAGAACAUCUUACUAUGCCAGAUAGUAUGAAACGUAUUGAAAUUGAACUCAAGCAAACUGAACAACAUCAAAUGAAUAUUCAAGAAGCAUUUGCUGAUGAUGAUGUUCUUGCUGAAUUUGAAAAAGAAAAAUCAGAUAUUAUCGAUCACGAUCGUCCAAAAGCGAUCGACUUAUCUUUACCUGGUUGGGGUGAAUGGGCUGGCUCCGGUGUUCCAGUUAAUAAACGAAAAAAACGAAAAUUUUUAAUUCAGCCAAAGCCUGCACCACCUCGUCGAGAUAUUCAUUUGCAUCAUGUAAUAAUCAACGAAAAAGCUGAUCAGAAAAUCUCUGAGCAUCGCGUUUGUGAUUUACCGUUUCCAUUUGCUGAUGUUGAACAAUUUGAAUCAUUAGUUCAACAACCAUUAGGUCGUGAAUGGAACCCCGAAACAGCAUAUCGUCGUUUGAAUCAACCUAAAAUACGUACACGUAUUGGUGUACGUAUUGAACCAUUAGAUAAACAAGAUGUUUUUUUCAAACGUCAUCAUUCGAAACGAGACAAUUCAUCACUUGAUUUCAAUUUAUCAAACAAUGAUGAAGACAAAUCGACAGCAGAUGUUGAACAAGAUUCAUUGUUUGAUAAUGAACAAAGUCAGAAGAAAAAAUUUAAAAGAAAGCAGAAAACAAAUUAA